AUGUCAAGCUUUAGACCGUGUAUUGGAGGUUAUAGUGAGAUUAAGAAUAAGGAAAAGUAUGAGGAGCCAAUAGAGCGCAUCCACGAUCAUUGCCUGUCGUCCGAGUAUGUUCCGACCGGCCUCGUUCUGUGCAUAGUGCACCACCCAGUACGACGUGCCUCUCGUUUGGUUGAUCUUCAUGGCAAGGCAGCAACAAGGACAUCCAGCGAGGACAGUAUGCAGCCGGUGUGUGCCUUCUUCCCGAUGUGGACGUUGCAAGAUAAAGGUGUUUCAAGUGUGCUUCCUCCUUCACGCACAUCACCCAGCCGAAGUAAUGAGAAUUCAUCAAUUCAUCAAUUCAUCAAUGAAAACAUAGCCGAUCAUUCCGUCAUUGAUGGUGAGCAAUCGAAUAAGCUAUAUGAGGCCAUGCAACUGUCGGAUGUUAUUGAGGUUGGAAGGGAAGAGAUGGAUCUUGGUUACGAGUUGCAGAUGGCUCAUGAAUUCUAUGUUACAUACGUAAAGAAAGUAGGAUUUACAACUAAGAGCACAAAUAAACCCAUUAACCAAGCUAUCCACUGUAAUCGCGACGGGUUCCGUGAGUCUCGUGUCAAAGCACCAACGCGGAAGAACACGAUUUCAGCUGCUGGGUGCAAGCGACAAAAGGCGGCGCACUACCAUGAGUAUAGGGAGCUGACCACGCAUGCGAAGUGCGUGAUCGAGGAUAAUGAUGAGGCUGAGAUUCGACCAAACAAGACAUUCCUAGUCUUUGCAAAUGAGGCUGGGAGCCCGUCUAACCUGGGAUUCUCAGAAAAGGAUUUAAGAAACUAUAUUACAACAAGGCUCCGAACCAGCAACGUGAAUGCGGAUGUCAAGAAGAUGAUGAACUACUUCAUGAGAAUGAAAGACAUCAAUCCUAACUUCUUCUACGCGGUGAAGUUGGACGAGGAGUGUAAAUUUAGGAGUGCAGUAUGGGUGGAUGCAAGGGGUAGGGCAUCGUAUGGAUACUACAGAGAUGUCGUGUCAGUUGAUAGCACCUACAGUACAAACAGGUCGACCCUCCUUGGUUGUGCUUUGCUGGGGAAUGAGGAAAUCCCAAGUUAUGAGUGGGUUUUCAGCCAAUGGGUGAAGUGCAUGGGAACUGCUCUACAGCAGAUCAUCACCGAUCAAUGCAGAUCCAUUUUCCGUGCUAUUAGAAAUGCGUUACCUGAUACACACCACCGGUGGUGUAUCUGGCACAUUACGAAGAAGUUACCGCACAAGCUUGGUGGUUACCGCCGAUAUAGAGAGUUGUAUGAUGACCUCAAUGACAUUGUGUGA